AUGGUGCGCAACAUCCACAGCCCUGCAACCAUGGGAAAGAUUAUCUUCUACGAAGGCCGCAACUUCCAGGGACGCCACUGGGAGUGCAGCAGUGACUGCAUGGACACCUUCAGGCACUUCAACUGCUGUAAUUCCAUCCGUGUCAGCGGUGGUCACUGGGUGACCUAUGAGAAGCCUCACUACAUGGGUUACCAGUACAUCCUCGGCCCUGGCGAGUACCCUGACUACCACUGCUGGAUGGGCUUCAACAACUGCAUCCGCUCCUGCCAGAUGUUCCCCCCUUAUAGAGGAUCCUACAGGAUGAGGAUCUUCAACAGGCCUGACAUGAUGGGACACAUGAUGGAGUUCAUGGAUGACUGCCCCAACGUGUAUGAGCGCUUCCGCUACCGUGACAUUUACUCCUGCAACAUCAUGGAGGGUUACUGGAUCUUCUACGAGCACCCUAACUACAGGGGACGCCAGUUUUUCCUGCGCCCUGGAGAGUACAGGGCCUGUGGUGACUGGGGCUGCCACAACCCCAUGGUGGGCUCCUUCAGGAGGAUGAGGACUCUCAUGUAA